UUGCCAUGGCCACUAGCCUACGCUACAAGGGCUGAGCCGGGCGCGGCGAGAGAGGCGCAUUUCAGCACCACCGCCGCCGUGGACAGCAGCUCCGGCGCGCCUCCUGGGGCUCCCCUCUCCUCUCCUCCUCUCCUCCUCUCUCUCUCUCCUUCCUUCCUUCUUUCCUCCCUCCCUCCUUCCUUCCUUGGGCUCCGAGGGGGCCCUUCUCUUUCUCUCUCUCUCUCUCUCUCUCUGCCCCACCCGGCGGGGCGGAGGAGGAGAAGAAGGAGGAGAAGAAGAAGGAGGAGAAGGAGAAGAAGAAGAAGAAGGGCAGCCCUGCCGCCAACAGGACAUCCCGCAUUCUCCAGUGAGGCUCAUGCUUUCCUCGGCUCCAAGAUGACCACCCCUAAUUUUGCCACAGCGUCCAGUGUAUCAUCAUUGCGUUGACUCUCCAGGAGCACAUGCUUGGCAAGACCCUUCCAUCUUUACCACCUGAUUUCAUGAUGACUGAGGGUUUAGAUAAGAGAUUCAGUUGUCUCACCUGGGAACAGCUUCAAAUCCUGGAUCAAGUGCUCACAGAGGUGAUCCCCAUUCAUGGAAGAGGGAAUUUUCCAACACUGGAGGUAAAGCCAAAGGACAUCAUCCGGGUGGUCAAAGAGCAGCUGAUCAAGAAGCAGAUUGUCAUCCGGGACAUACGCCUGAACGGCUCCACGGCGAGUCACAUCCUCGUUAAGCAAAAUGGGACCAGCUACAAGGACCUGGACAUCAUUUUCGGGGUCGAGCUUCCAAGCGAGCAAGAGUUCCAAGUGGUGAAGGAGUCUGUUUUGAAUUGCCUCUUGGACUUCUUACCCAAAUGUGUCAACAAGGAGAAGAUCACAGCCCAGACCAUGAAGGAUGCCUAUGUCCAGAAGAUGGUCAAAGUGUCCACAGAUCAUGAUCGGUGGAGCCUCAUCUCCUUGUCAAACAACAGUGGCAAGAACGUGGAACUCAAAUUUGUCAACUCUCUUAGACGGCAGUUUGAGUUUAGUGUUGAUUCCUUUCAGAUUAUCCUGGACUCCGUGCUGGAUGUUUACAGUGAUGGAGACAGCAAAUUGUCUGAGGAUGCUCACCCAUGUGUUAUUGCUGAGAGCAUGUACGGAGAGUUUGAUGAGGCCAUGGACCACUUGAAGUACAAACUGAUCGCCACAAGGAACCCUGAAGAGAUCCGUGGUGGAGGCCUUUUGAAAUACAGCAACCUCCUGGUUCGGGAUUUUAAACCAGCCGAUGAGGCCAAAAUCAAAUCCUUGGAACGUUACAUGUGUUCUCGGUUUUUCAUCGACUUCCCCGAUGUGGCUGAGCAGCAGCGGAAGAUUGAGUCAUACCUACGGAACCACUUCAUCGGGGAAGAGAAGAGCAAGUACGACUACCUGAUGACUCUGCGCGCCGUCGUGAAUGAAAGUACGGUCUGCCUCAUGGGGCACGAGCGAAGGCAGACGCUGAACAUGAUCACCAUCCUGGCUCUCAAAGUGCUCGGAGAGCAGAAUAUCCUCCCCAACACAGCCAACGUGACGUGCUACUAUCAGCCCGCUCCGUACAUCAGCGACAGGAACUUCAACAAUUAUUAUAUUGCGCAUGGACAGCCCCCCAUUAUCUACCAGCCCUACUCCUUUCACAUACACAUGCAAAGUGGCAUGGUGUAGUAGACCACAGCGCCUCCUUGCCUUACAUCAAUGUCUGCCCGUUCUCCCUCCUUAACCCUUUCCCUCUUCUCCCUCUCCGUUAUUCUCUUCAAAAUAAACCCCGUGUUAAAGCAAAUUUUCCUAUCACUUUUGAUUUUCAGGACAUUUUUUUGUGUGUGCGUGUGCCCAAGUGCAUGUGUGACGUGGCAAAGCACCUUGGGUGCGUCAGGCACUCAUAUGUCUCUCAGGCUGCUCUUGAAGUGUUGACUUAACAUGUUGGAUGAGUUUGAUUUAAAACAAUUGUGUCUUGAAUUCACAACAAGUGUCCUAAAAGUGUUCUUGCAUGUCUUUAUGUACUUUCUCUCUCUCUUCUGUAUUGCAGUAAUUCAAAAGGCUAGGCCUCCGCUGGGUGGACGCCACUGACUAUAAUGUUACAAAAUUCGGAAGUUUGUAGUAUUCCUUGACAAGACGUGCAAGGGACUAUGGGUUGGUUCUGAUGUGAAGUCUAUAUUCCUACCUCUCUUUCCGGUGCUGUGCAUUCCUAUAGAGUUCAGAAGGUGAUAGGCAAAACCCAUUUGGAUGCAGGGAUGUGGGUGAGGUUGUGUGAUUUAAUCUAGAGCAGGGCUUCUUAAACAUGUUCCACUUGGAACCCCUUUUUGCCUGAUAGAUUUAUUAUUUUAUUUACGUCAUUAUAUGGAGCCCCCGGUGGCACAGUGGGUUAAACCCUUGUGCUGGCAGGACUGAAGACCGACAGGUCACAGGUUCGAAUCCGGGGAGAGUGCAGAUGAGCUCCCUCUGUCAGCUCCAGCUCCCCAUGUGGGGACAUGAGAGAAGCCUCCCACAAGGAUGGUAAAACAUCAAAACAUCUGGGCGUUCCCUGGAAAACGUCCUUGCAGACGGCCAAUUCUCUCACACCAGAAGCAACUUGCAGUUUCUCAAGUCGCUCCUGACACAAAAGAAAAAAAAAGAAGUCAUCUUUAUUCCGCUCAUUUCAGCCCCAAGGCGACUCAGGGCAGCAUACCGAACUGGCACAAUUAGAUGCCAUAUACAUACACAUACAUAUCUCAGAUUAUCUUCAAUAUUUUUUCACUCAUGCUUUGUUUGUAGCCUGAAGUGGCUGAACAUAACUCUGUUGGCUCUCCCUUUUUCCUGGAUUCAUAUCAAUGCCUAAAACAGCCACUAAGUGGCAAGCUUCACACUUGUUUCAUUCAGUUAAAGGACCCCAAAUAAGGGUGUGACCCCCAGUUUAAGAAGCCUUGUUCUACAGCAGGAGUUCUUGAAGUUCACUCUUACAGGUACUUUGGACUUCAAUUCCCAGAAGCCAAAAGUGUCUUUUCCCCUUAGGGAUUCUGGGAGAUGAAGCUGAAAUACCGGAAGGUUCAUGCUUUCGGAACCAUUGUUCUAGAGCAGUGAUUCUCAACCUGUGGGUCUCCAGGUGUUUUGACCUACAGCUCUCAGAAAUCCCAGCCAGUUUACCAGCUGUUAGGAUUUCUGGGAGUUGGAGGCCAAUACAUCUGGGGACCCACAGGUUGGGAACCACUGUUCUAGAGGUUCUGAAUCAGAGUGGUUCUGUUCCACAAAUGAUUUUGAAAAGUCCGGAUGGCCCCUUUUGUAAAUGAAAAUAUAUAGGGCACAAUUUGGAAGGUUCUCUAUGUAUUGUUGAAGGCUUUAAUGGUUGGAAUCACUGGGUUGAUGUAGG